UCCAGGAUAUGAAGUAUGCAUCUAGUUGUACUGAAUUGGUUACAGACAUUUUCGUUUAUCUCCGAAAGUCUGUCGAAAUCCAGUUUGACGCGUGCGCACGGUAUCCUCGUUCUUGUCCUGCAAACGGCAUUCCGGGUGGAGACUGAGGUGCCUCGAUGAUACUGUCAUAACCCGACUAUAUUUACAAACCUGUGAAAGACUUCACAUUUUUGCGCAGGACAUGAGCUUCCCGGCAACAGGGACCACUAAGUUAUGAAGUUCAACUCUUCCGGACUUUUCCUACUCUCCACCUCCAGUCACUGUCCGAGUCUUACCAGCGGCCACCGUCUCUGCUCAGUCUUGUACUAGUUCCUUGGCUCAGACUCACAACACAAAGGAGCAGAAGAAAAAAGAGGGAAGAGAAGAAAACCCUCUCCAGCUGCCGUCCAGACACAUGGUGCAUAGCUGCCAUUCCCAAGGCUCCAUCCCCACUGCCCGGCGUUCAGCUAGCUCCUGGCACACACAGCCUACCCUAGGGCCUGCCCAAGGGAUAUAAAUAGGCUACAUCCAUAUAGUGUGUGGAGCGUGCAAUUGUUUUCUUUUUCUUGUCUCAGACACGCUCAGUAGGGGUCACACCCAUUGGUUUUCUUCCUCUCCGCUGCCCGGAAGAGCGGUCUCUAGUGGUGGGACCAAGGAGGGAAGGGGAGGCCGCGACCAUGGAGGUCAAUAUGGAAUAUUGUUUGGCCCAAGUGGUGCAGAAAGACCUGGGGCGGAAGGUGCAGGUGGGACAGGAGCUCAUCGAUUACAUCCUGGAUAAAGACAAGUCCCAGGACCUGGAGCAGGACCAGACGGCGCUGGACAGGAUGGUGGAUGGCAUCGCUGCUACCUGGGUCAACUCCUCUAACUUUAAGGUGGCUUUGCUUGGAAUAGACCUUUUAUCUGCCUUAGUGACAAGGUUACAGGACCGAUUUAGGAACCACGUGGGAACAGUACUGCCCAGUUUGAUAGACCGUCUGGGAGAUUCCAAAGACCAAGUCAGAGACCAAGACCAAAUCCUGCUGCUGAAGAUCAUGGAACAAGCUGCUUCACCACAGUAUGUCUGGGACAGAAUGCUGGGAGGCUUCAAACACAAGAACAACCGGACCAGAGAGGGCGUGUGCCUUUGUCUCAUCUCAACACUCAACAUGUAUGGAGCUCAAGGCUUAACACUCAGUAAAAUAGUUCCUCACAUAUGUAAUCUUCUAGGAGAUCCCACGAGUCAGGUGCGAGAUGGAGCCAUGGGCUGCCUUGUGGAGAUAUACAGACACGUGGGGGAGAGGGUGAGGAUGGACCUCAGCAAAAAGGGGCUCCCACAGUCAAGGUUGAAUGUAAUCUUCAGCAGAUUCGAUGAAGUCCAAAGAUCGGGGAACAUGAUCCCGUCCUCCGGUUCAGAUAAGAACUUCGACGAUGAGGACUCGGUGGACGGGGGCCGGUCCUCCUCCUCUGCGUCCUCCUCCAAGGCGCCCCCUGGUGGGAGACGGACGGGAGCUGCCGCCUCCGUCCGCAGGCCGAGCUCGGCCGCGGCCCCCGGCAAGAUCUCCGCUAAAGACGCCGCCGCAGGUGCCGUGGACGAGGAGGACUUCAUCAAGGCUUUCGAAGAGGUUCCUACCGUCCAGAUCCACUCCAACAGAGAGCUGGAGGACAACCUCUCCAAAGUCCGGGACGUUCUGUCCGACGACAAAAACGACUGGGAGCACAGAGUUACCGCUCUGAAGAAGGUGCGUUCGCUGCUGCUGGCCGGGGCGCUGGACUACGACAGCUUCCCUCAGCAGCUCCGUCUCCUGGAGGCCCCGCUAAAGCUGUCUGCCAAAGACCUGCGGUCCCAGGUGGUACGAGAGGCCUGCAUCACGUUGGGCUACCUGUCCACGUUAAUGGGCAACAGGUUUGACCACUGCGCCGAGACCCUGAUGCCCACGUUGCUCAACCUGGUGCCCAACAGUGCCAAAGUCAUGGCCACGUCCGGGGUGGCCGCCAUUCGGCUCAUCCUAAGGCACACCCACUACCCACGCCUCAUCCCCAUCAUCACCAGCAACUGCACGUCCAAGUCGGUGGCCGUCAGAAGGCGCAGUUAUGAGUUCUUGGAGCUGUUACUGCUGGAGUGGCAGACGCACACGCUGGAGAGGCACGUGGCUGUUCUCACCGAGACCAUCAAGAAAGGGAUCCACGAUGCCGAUUCGGAGGCCAGAUCAGUCGCCAGAAAAUGUUAUUGGGGUUUCCAUGGCCACUACAGCCGGGAGGCGGAGCAUCUGUUCCAGGCUCUAGAGUCGACCUAUCAGAAGGCUCUACAGUCCCACCUGAAGAGUUCUGACAGCAUAAUUUCCCUCCCACAAUCCGACCGCUCGUCCUCCUCCUCUCAGGAGAGCCUCAACCGUCCCCCGUCUGUCAAGAGCGUGAUGGGAGGCAGCAUGUCCCGGGGCAAGAUUGUGACUUCCAGGGUGAACUCCAACCCCAGCGGUUCACUCCAGCGUUCCCGCAGUGACAUCGACGUGAACGCCGCGGCCAGUGCCAAAUCCCGGCUGGUCACUGUGCCCUCAGCUUCUCCCUUCAGCUCAGCGGCUGCUCUGCCCCCAGGGUCCUACGCUUCUCUAGAUGGCACACCGGGUAAAAUGUAUUCUGGUCGUGUGCGUACAAGGAGAACAAGCUCUGGCAGUGCUGUCGGUGCCACUGUUACUGUGACUGACAGCAGGGGGCGCAGCCGAGCCAAAAUGGUAUCCCAGUCCCAGCGAUCCAGAUCUGCUAACCCCACUGGGGGUGGUAAGGCCCGAACUCCAUCCAAUCCGACUGGUAGUCGCUCCAGUUCCCCCGGCAAGCUGCUGGGCCACUCGUCUGGGUACGGACGGAUCACCCGGCCCCCCUCAGCCUCCAGCACCCCAGCGGACAAGAGGAGCAAGGUCCCCCGCAGUCAGGGCUGCAGUCGGGAGACCUCCCCCAACAGACUGGGACUAGCCAGGCUGCGUGGUAAAGCUCUUGUUCCUGGUACUCCUCUCUCCCCCUACCGCACGCUAGCCAGGAGCCGUAUCCCCCGGCCCAGCAUGAGUCAGGGCUGCAGCAGGGACACCUCUAGGGAGAGCAGCCGAGACACCAGCCCUGCCCGGGGCUUCCAGCCCCUCGCCUCCCGGCGUACCUCUCGCUCUACCAGCGCCCUGUCGGCGGCCGACCCCCACGGCCAGUCAGAUCGUUUCGGUUUGAUCCAUCAGGCCCGGAUCUCUGCUUCGGUCAAUGCCAUGCGGGUGUUAAACACGGGCACUGAAGUCGAGGCUGCCGUGGCAGACGCCCUGCUGUUAGGAGACUCCAGAAAUAAGAGGAAGCCCGUGAGGCGGCGCUACGAGUCCCCGGGUAUCUACUCUGAUGACGAUGCCAACAGCGACGCGUCUAGCGCUUGCUCGGAGCGCUCCUACGGUUCCCGGAACGGCGGCGUCCCUCACUACCUGCGCCAGACCGAGGACGUGGCCGAGGUCCUGAACCACUGCGCCAGUUCCAAUUGGUCCGAGAGGAAAGAAGGACUGCUGGGUCUGCAGAACCUGCUGAAGAGCCAAAGAAUACUGAGCCGAGUAGAACUGAAGAGACUAUGUGAGAUCUUCACCAGGAUGUUUGCUGACCCACACAGCAAGGUGUUCAGUAUGUUUCUGGAGACUCUGGUGGACUUUAUCCUGGUGCACAGAGAAGACCUUCAGGACUGGCUUUUUGUGCUACUCACCCAGCUAUUGAAGAAGAUGGGCGCUGACCUCCUGGGGUCGGUCCAAGCCAAGGUCCAGAAGUCUCUAGACAUCACCAGGGAGUCGUUCCCGUUUGAUCAGCAGUUCAACAUCCUGAUGAGGUUCAUUGUGGACCAGACACAGACACCCAACCUCAAGGUAAAGGUGGCCAUCCUAAAGUACAUAGAGUCCUUGGCACGGCAGAUGGAUCCUACAGACUUUGUCAACUCCAGUGAGACCCGGCUGGCUGUAUCUCGCAUUAUUACCUGGACCACAGAACCCAAGAGCUCCGAUGUCAGAAAGACCCUUCAUAACUGGGUGGUGGAGGAGCUGUCAGGCAGGUCCAGUACAGCAGCCUUACUGUCCCAGCAGGCCGGGGAUGGCCACCUGGAAGAGCGCUGUAAGCAGGCAGCUCAGGUGGUCCUGAUCUCUCUGUUUGAACUGAACACGCCAGAGUUCACCAUGCUGCUAGGGGCUUUGCCCAAAACUUUCCAGGAUGGUGCCACCAAACUGCUCCACCACCAUCUCAAGAACUCCAGCAAUACCAGCAGCGUGAGUUCUCCCAGCAACACUAUUGGUCGGACCCCUGUACGCCACACCCCCAGCAGGACCAGCCCUCUCACCUCCCCGACAAACUGCUCCCAUGGAGGGCUGUCUCCCAGUCGGUUGUGGGGUGGGUGUUGGAGUGGCGAUGGGCUGUCUAAGCACCCCCCUCCCCCUCAUCCUCCUCCGCCUCACUCCACCCCCUCCGGCCCCGCCCUCAGGGUCCUCCGCAGAGCGUACUCUCCCAGCAUGUUGGAGUAUGACACAGAGAACAUGAACUCGGACGAGAUCUACAGCUCCCUGCGUGGAGUCACGGAAGCCAUCCAGAGCUUCAGCUACCGCAGUCAGGAGGACCUCAACGAGCCCCGGGGGAAGAGGGACGAUGCGGCGGGACGUGAAGGUGUGGCCUCCUCUCCAGGCUCUGAUGCCCGUUUGGGGCUGGAUGUGGUGGAGGGUGGGCGGACGGCCCUGGAUAACAAGACCUCCCUGCUCAACACCCCAUCUCCCCGCUCUUUCUCCGGGCCUCGGACCAGGGAAUUCGCUCCCUAUGGAUAUGGAGACACCAUCACUUCAUCCUACGACAAGAGUGCCCUGAAGGAGGCCGUGUUUGAUGACGACGUAGAGCAGUUUCGUGACUGCCGUCGGCAGGAGGGCAGUGUUGAAAACAAGAUGGUGCUGCCUAAGGGCUUUGCUCCUGGUUCUCAAGACCACUCAGACCUGGUAGCAGACCUUCUGAAGGAGCUGUCCAAUCACAACGAGCGUGUGGAUGAGCGCAAGGGUGCGUUGGUGGAGCUGCUGAAGAUCACACGAGAGGACAGCCUGGCCGUGUGGGACGAACACUUCAAGACCAUUCUCCUUCUACUGCUGGAGACUCUGGGGGAUAAAGAUCACACGAUCCGGGCCCUGGCCCUGAGGGUACUGAAGGAGAUACUGAGGAACCAGCCGGCACGCUUCAAAAACUAUGCUGAACUCACCAUCAUGAAGACCCUGGAGGCACACAAAGACUCCCACAAGGAGGUGGUGCGGGCAGCCGAGGAGUCAGCCUCCACCCUGGCCGGCUCCAUCCACCCAGAGCAGUGCAUCAAGGUGCUGUGUCCCAUCGUCCAGACGGCCGACUACCCCAUCAACCUGGCCGCCAUCAAGAUGCAGACCAAGGUGAUAGAACGCAUCACCAAGGAGUCCCUCCACCAGCUGCUGCCUGACAUCAUACCGGGACUGUUGCAGGGCUAUGACAACACAGAGAGUAGUGUCCGCAAGGCCAGCGUGUUCUGCCUGGUGGCCAUCUACUCUGUGAUUGGAGAAGAGCUCAAACCACACCUGCAGCUACUGACGGGAAGCAAGAUGAAGUUGCUGAACUUGUACAUCAAGAGGGCCCAGACGACCAACAGCAACAGCAGCAGUUCUUCAGAUGUGUCCUCACACAGCUAGCUGUAGAAGGAGUCUACCUGUCUGUACUUUAGGGGACAUAAUGUGUGUUUCCCAAAUGGCACACUGUUCCCUUGAUUGUGAGUAGGGUGCCAGUUGGUAUGCAGACAAUGUGGGGCCUCUUCCAGACCUCUCCAUUCUGGAGCUUCGUUUCCCAGGUUACCCCACUGGACAACUGGUGACCCCAUUACCUGCUUGGCUCUUCAGUUAUUUAUUUUUUCUCUCUCUAUUUAAUUACUUCAUAAAAAUCUUCCCCCCUGAUGCUUAUUAUGUUGAGCAUUUUCAGAGUAAGGGAAGAAACGUCUCAAAGUGUUAUGUCCAUAUUGUCCAUUAACAAUGGUAUGAUCCAGUAGCAAUGAGAUAAUAUUGAUUCCAGCUAGAACAACAUCCCUGCAAUUGUAAUUGAAAGAACAGACACAACCUGAAAGGUCACAGUAGAAUAAUACUGUUGCUUUUAACAAGCAAACCCCAAUUCCCACAGGAGACCAGAUCACAUUUGAUUUGUAAUAAGAAUCAUCUGGCUAGCUGUGAUAAUACAAAGCCCUGAUAUACAGGUUUGAAAUAAUAAAAAAAACAAUAAGGCAGCAAUAUUGUAGAAUUCUAAUUGUUUUAUUAUUAUUUUAGGAAUGAUUUUGUACAGUCCUAAAAAAUAAAGUGUUAUAGAGUAGACCAUUUAAGUCAAUAAUCAUUAUGAAAUCUACUUUGAUUAUUAGUAGUCAUUGGUUUGGGUAAAAUGAGAGAGGGAACCAUUUUAGGUCGGCUUGCAGCUAUCUGCUUAGCUGUAUCAGGAGGGGAAAUAUAUAAGUACUAUAUAAAGACAUAUUUGAGAAAUAUACAAUGUGAAAAUUAACCUGUUCAAAAUAUGAAAAGAGAUAAAGAUGGCGGAAAUUCAAUCUGUCGUUCUAACUCACAGUCAGUUAUGUGUGAAGUUAACUCCAUUUCCAUGGUCAAAUAAAUACCGUUAUUUACUUAAGACAAGUAAAUAAAAGUGACAUUCCCUUAGUCAAAUGAAGUAUAAUUUAAUGGACCUAUCAGAUAUUACAAAACUGGGCCGUCACUCAUGACCACAAGCAACGUUGCCAAUGAAAACACUUAACAAGUCCCAAGGGUCAAAUUUAGUCAUUUGAAACUUGAGUUGCCAGAUUAUGGCAUUUUACCUGUUAAAUAUGAUACUGCUGCUUGAAUGUAUACUUUUAUGGCGAGAAAGCCCAUUGAUAGUGUAGAUAAUUCAAUGUUCCAGGCUAUGUUUUUGAAAGAAAUUAGUGGAUUAUUUGAGGCAGAAUUUAAAGACACUACAGGCUAGUUUCCUGGACAUGGAAUAAUACUUGACCUGAAUUAAAACAUAUUCUCAAUAGAGAAUAUCCAUUAAAAGUGUGAUUUAGCAUUAGUCUUUCUGUGUCCAGGAAUCUGUCCUUUCUAGGCCUUAUGUUACAUUGUCUUCAGUAAUGUUUGGAACUGAGUAAUGUUGAAAGAAGAGCAUGGAUGUACAUACAAAAGCUCUUAUCUCUUAAAAACAUCAUUUUCUUACCCCAGGAAUUACAAUAAACAAGCUUGCAAACCGAUGAAUAAUCUUCAACACAGUAAAGCCAAUAUGAGUUGUUUUUUUCAGUAUUACGCACUACUCGCCCACCCUCCACGUAACUCCAGCUUUUGCAAUAAAGAAAAUACCAUGAGGAGCAAACGAAGUAUUUUGUACAUAAAUCUUGAUAAAUCACUACUUCGCAACUUUCACAAAAUGAAACACAAAAAAAGUCAGCUAUCUCACUUUUUUGCACGUUAGUGAAUUAGCUUGCAUGUUUUUGGACAGCACAUCUACUUUUGCAUUGUCUGCAAUCAAUGGGUCCUAUUUUGGUUGUUUGAAGUGCACUUGUAAUGUCAUCAGUUCAUUCAGCCUUUACCACAGUUUAAUUCUCAUUUGACAUGGUGGAGGGUAGAACCCCGGCAAUACACUCCCAGUGCUCUGUGAGUUGACCAAAACAAGAUGGUGUUAGUCCAACACCACUGUACAACACUACAUUACACGCCUGCCUCAAUACCUGUACAGUACUGGAAUAGCAACUUAGUCCUGCUUAAGUACAGUACUACACAUUUGGGCAUGUAGCUUUAUGAAAAUAUGUUGUGUGUGCGGGUGUGUGCGUGCGUGCGUGCGCCUGGGUACUACAGUAGUGUCUGGCAUCUAUUCCCACCUGCUCAACAGUUCAAAUGACAUAAUUGUUUGCUUUGUUUUCAAACGGAGGCCUCCAUUCUUUAGCAAGUCAUUUUAUUUGAUUUUGUGUCAGGGAAAAGCCGACGAUUCUGUUAAAGACAAAGUACAGUUUUGGCUGAUGAACCGUAAUGAUCUGGGUUGUUCAUGGUGUGCAUCAUAUGCUGAUGUCAUCAAGAGAAGGUAUAUAUCUAGCAAUCUGUUCACGAUGCAUGUUAUUGUUUAUUUCUUUCGCUUCAUUUUUGUCAUGUAAGAUUUAUAUCUGUAUUUAUAUAACUAUUUUUUGUUUGUUUUUCAUGACAACUUGUACAGAAGGGUUUUGUUAACAUCCACCUGUGAUAGAUGAUUCGCAACAAUGUACAUUCAUUUGCUCUAGAAAUAAACAAACAUGGAAGUUCAUUAACUUGUUAUAAUAUA